AUGGGGGAAGUUUGGUGUGUGGCCGGGAGCCGCCGGGUGGUGGGGGGUUGGGGGGGGCCCCACACACGGGAUAUUGGGGGGAAACCUUGGGUUGGGGUGUGGUGGUUCGGGAGCAUCCUGGGGUUAAGGUUGAAGCAAGUGUGCUGUGCUCCAAAGAGAGGUGAAAACCUGACCCCGGAGCUGGACUCCCCUCACGGUAACAAGGAGCUACCGUUUAAGAUGGAUCGGUUGGCAGAGGACAGGAGGUCAGCUGAGGCCCAGGACCUCAGCAUUCCCCCAGUGAACAUCCACAGCCUGCUGCUGGACUUCCAUGUCCUUCCUUGA